GUUGUGGCCGUUGGGGGCCUUGGGGGACACAUGGUGCUGCAUGGAGGCGUAUGGAGGGUAACGGGUUUUGCAUCAAGUGCGGUGGGAUGGACGCGGGUCCACGGCCAGUGGCGCAGUGCUGCACAACCCUGUACACGUCAAAGGUUAUAGUCUUGGCGAGAUGCAGUCGUUGGCGUCCACCUCCGGGCGCGUCGCCCCUGCUACGCGAUGCCAUACCUCCUCACGCCACUGCUGCCCUAGAGGCUUCUCGACUGCGCAUAUCGCUCGCAAGAUAACACGAGCAGCGCUCACAAAACUCGAUAAUGAGCGGACUUGCGCACCAACGACGGAGCCAUGCAAGGACGCUCGUUGCGAGGACCAGCAGGUUUCACAGCUAGCUCAGCUUGUUGCUCUGGCAAAUCUAGCGUGGCCUGCUGGAAUAGCAAUCGCAGCCGAUGGCGUCGCGUACAACCCGACCGGGGGCGAUGAAUUCCUGAAGAACCUCGCCGGAGUCGCAUACAUCCUCCUCGUGGGCAUCUUUCUCUUCCGCCUAUUUCGCAAGCGUGCGGCCAAGGCCAGGUCGGAGAAAAUUGCUGGGCAAUUGGCGACUGGCCCAAGUAUUUUCGAUGAACUCCGGGAGAAGCUUGGUGCGCCGAAGCGUGGCAAGGCCACGCCGAUGAACGCCUUCCUGGGCGCCGUGCAGGCUCUGGGCCUGGCUGCGGGGCUGUGGUUCUUCAGCACCAAGGUGCAGGCCUCAAUCGAGGCGCAGUCGCUGCCGGACGGGUACACGGCUCGCAACAUCGCCAUCACGGUGCGCACCAUCAUUCUGGGCCUGUGCUACCUGGCCACCUUCAUCUUCGGGGCCAAUGGCGUGGGGCUGGCGGGCCUGUCUGUGCAACUGCUGUUCUUCCCCAACACCAUCAAGGCGGAGGACCUGGAGGACGAGGAGGAGGACGCGGCGGCCAAGGGACCGCAGCUGCCCAAGGUGCGCAUCACCUCGCGGCCGGACGAGCUGCGGGCGGCCUUCAAUGUGGCGGAGCGGCUGGGGCAGCAGGAGGGAGCCAAGGCGCGCGCGGCGGCGGCGGCGUCCGAAGCGUCUGCGCCCACCAGCCCCACCUCCUCCACGGAGCAGUGAACGGGCGGACGGCAGGGGGGCUGCGGGUGCCUAGCGCGGAGUUGUGGUGGGUGUUUUGUGUGGUGCUGAGCACAGGCUUGGAAGCGGUGUGCAGGUGGGUGGACGCAGGUUGAGAGGUGCAAUUUUGGACAUUGGAUGGGUGCGCGCCAGAAAAGUACGCGCUGUGCCUUGUGGAUCUUAGAAAGGGUGCGCAUGAGAGCUUGCAGUGGAGAGACAAGUGAGUCAAGUCCCAUGAUACACUGGAUACAACCAAUGUGCCGCACAAGUAAAAGAGCGCUGACGGCGAUGCAAUAACUCGCAAGAUGCAAGCUGACAACAUGAGAGAGUACGACGAAUAUCCUGAACUGGCUGCAAACGUGUAGAUUGGACAUGAGACGCGCGGCGCUGUGCUGCACUGAUGUACUAUCGAAGGGAGAGUGUCGGGUCUACCGGACAAGGCUGCGUCCACAGUGGAGUGCGCGUAACAGGGCGAAGAAGCCAACCUCGGUGGCGAGUUGGCGACGGCAUUGGCCGAUUGGCGUAACCUUGAUACAACAAUACAAGAGCAUGUGCUGUUGUCACGCCCAUGG